UGCUGAGGGCUGCUCCAGAGCUGGGACUCCACGUUAUGUUGCCAGCAAGACUUGAUAUUUUAAACUUCUGAAGAUGGACUUUUCUAAAUCAACAGUUCCCUUUCUGAGCAAUCAAUUCCAGCCAGGCGAAUAUUUGCAGAACAGGUUAGAAAAUGAGCUGCAUCUCUGAUGUGAAUUCUCUGGAUUUAUGAGUAUGGGUUCUUAGAAACCCUCUGACCUGGCUUUCAAUGGAACAUAAAGAAUUUGAGAAGUCUGAUGCCCAGAGGUAUGGCGCCCCUCAAGAAGCCUCGGAAUCCCACAAAAUUGCCCCUGGCUUUAAACCCCACGAAGAGCAAGGACGUUUUGGCAGUGCUGGCUGAGAGGAACCAGACCAUAGUACCAGUUGGGGCAUGGGUGGAACCCGCCCCACCAAAUUGCUCGGAAAUCCCAGCACAUACUUCAGCAUACAUAAUCGAAGAGGAAAUAAAAGAGCAGCAGCGAAGAAAGCAAGAAUCUUUGAAACAUUUUCAGAGACAAGUCAGGCGCCGGGUAAAUCAGCAAGUUAAGCUGAGGAAAAAGCAACAGCUUCAGAAGUCUUGCACAGUGGCAGAAAAGGAAGGCUCUGUAGCCAUGCAGUGUUCAGAUUUGGCACAUUUAACUCCUAAAAGGACAAGUGUUUUCUCCGGCAAUUUGAACGCUGCUAUGGGAAGUUGUGUGUUACCCUCUUCCCAGGUGCUUGGGGGUGCCACAGAAGACGGAGAGAAUCAGAAUCAGUUAUUUGAACAACAAGCUCAAGCUCUUAGUCAGACUAUGAAGCAGGCACGUCACCAGCUGGCAUCCUUUAAAACUGUGAGUGAGAAAAAGACAUCAGUGUUUCUAAAUGGUAGAAGGAAAAGCUCACCCAACCAAGAGAAAGCCCUUCUUAGGAAACCUCCAUGCAUCACGAUAAAUAAAGAAACAAGAGAGGAACCCCCCAGUAAAAUCUAUGAAGGCCCUUUAACUACAGUACAUUACCAGAACUUUAUGGGAAAUCAGGACCUUGGCUGUGGGGAAAUUACAUCUAUUGUGACAGGUGAGAAGGAGAGAGAUUUGUUGGUGGAUUACCAGCAGGAUCUCCUUUCUGAAGACAAAGAAAAGGCUCUCAGCAAAGUUCAGAAAGUAAAAUUCAAAAAUCCAUUAUUUGUUGUGAUAAAAGAAGAUGAACAAAAGCAAGUAAAUCUUCAUAGCCUUCAAGCUAUUCUUCCAGAAUCCCAGGAUUAUUUUGUAGAAGUUCAAGACACCCAUCCAAAAUCCCAGAGUGAUGUGAUAGAUGUCCUUAAUGUUGAGCCCAACGCUUUGAGUGUUGAACCAGUCACCCAGGCUACUGGAACCGAGUUUAAGGCCACAGAGUCAGAAGGCCAAACUUUUAUGACAGAAAUUCAGCAUGUUCUUAAAGCCCAGACUAUUGAUCUAGAUGGAAAUAUUGAGUUGGAACCCCAGGAUUUUCUAUCCCCAAAUCAGGCCUUUCUAUCCAGAAACCAGGAUUUUCUAUUCAAAUAUCAAGAGCAGGACUCCUUACCCAAAGACCAUUAUGUUCUCCCUAAAUACUGGAAUGUUCUGAAAUGUCAGGACCAGCAUUUUCUGCCAGCAGACCAGGAAUAUCUACCUAGAAACCAGCUUGAUUUACCAGAAGAACAGAGUCAUUUACUCAGAUGUCAGAACCAGGACCUCUCACCUAAAGAACAGAGUUUCCUGCCCAGACAGCAGUAUAUUUUACCUAUAUAUCAGGACCAAAGAGGUCUGCAUGUUCUUCCUAAAUGUCAGCAUCACGAUGUUCUUUUCAGAGACCAGAAUAAUCUACACAAAUGUCAGGAGCAGGAUCUUCCACUCCAAAAUCAGGACAUGUUUCUCAAGCAGCCCUCAACUUUCAUGAAAGGCGAGAGAAAGGCUGAGGAGUUACCCCUGGAGUGUCAGCAAUAUGUUCCACCUCAGGUCCAGGACCGGGUCUUCCAUAGAGACCAGUACAGGAGUUGUGAGCAGACAUCAUAUGAUGCAGUAGAUGAAAGAUGGAGAAAGGAGUUAUAUCCAGAGUGCUAUAGAUGUGAUUUACACGAAAUUCAGGACUCAGGCUCUGCCACCAAGCAGAGCUUACAUUUUAGGCAGCAACCAUGUGUUAAUACAGCUGAAAGGUGGCAAGAGGAUUUGCAUCUUGGUGGUUGUGAACGUCUUCCACCCAGACACCAGAGAGGCACAUGCAGCAGGCAACGGCAGGUGUCUGAGGAGUGUCAGUCGAGACCGAGCACUGAGUACCAAGCUCUGCUGGCGUUUCAGUCUGGGGUGGAUCAAGAAGAAGACAAGAAAGAGCGUCAAAAGCAAUACCUGAGACACAGGAGGCUUUUCAUGGAUAUUGAAAGAGAACAAGUGAAAGAACAAAACAGACAAAGGGAACAAAAGAAGAGAAUUGAAAAAAUUAAGAAAAGGAAAGAGCAGCAGCGCUAUGCUGAAGAGCAGAGGCUCCUAAGGAUGCACUGUCAUGAAGAGCCUUAUUCAGAAGAGAAGAUAAACGAUGUUUUAGCCCAGUUACAGCUUGAAGAAAUAAAAGGAGCAAAAGAUAAACAGCACCAGAGAGAAAAAGAAUAUGUAAGAUAUGUAGAAGCUUUACGAGCCCAGGUCCAGGAGAAAAUGAAGCUUUAUAAUAUCACUUUACCUCCAUUAUGCUGUUGUGGUCCUAAUUUUUGGGAUGCUCAUCCUGAUACCUGUGCCAACAAUUGCAUUUUCUAUAAAAACUACAGAGCAUAUAACCGGGCCUUACAUUCAGUCAUCAAUUCUUCUGACAUCUCCGAGGGGAACGCAACUCUUCGAAAUGCCAUUCGUAACUUUGCUUCUGUACAUAGACGGACUUCAAAAAAAAGUCUUCAGUAGGAGUCUGAAAACAAUGCCAAUGACUGCCAAAGAAUAUCAGCAGGAUGCCGUGUCACAGAAAACCACAAGACAGCCUCAAGCUAUUGGAAGCCGUCAGUGUCCACAGUUGCCUCACAGUGCACACCCUCAACUACAGCCCUUCCAAAAGGCAUCUUCCCCGUGCCACCCAAGGAGCAUCAAGUUUGUGUUCGUUUACUUUAUAAACUACAGAUACGAACAGUUUUCAGCUCAGGGUUUUCAGCCAAUAACCAUGCUAAUGUCACCUCACUCACUGCUUCAAAUACCCUGUCAUACCAAUAGCAAAUUGCAGAGAUAGGAGAACACAAGAGCACCUUUUCUUUCUAAAAUGUUUGGAAACAUGUACAACUUUGAUACAGUUUCAGGACAUGUGUUCACUUUAAGUAAACCAAAGACUUUGAGAAGCUGUGGGGUGAUGGUGGUCAGAUUGUAAAUUAAACCCAAUGAGGAGAGUAGACAGCUCAAAUAAGAUGUGUGAAUCAUGGCUCCCCUCUCUCCGUGGUAUUUGCAGGGAGACAGAUAAACAUUCAGCUAAGCAUGGUGGUACCUGCCUAUAAUCCCAGUACCAUGGAGAGGCUCAUGCAGGGGGAUCAGGAGUUUAAGGCUAGCUGGGCUACAUGAAACUAUCUCCAAAAACAAUUAAGCCAAAUAAAAUAGUUGCUUUUCCUCCUUCUUCCUGCUGCUGCUCCUCAUCUUCUUCCACCUUUCUGUAAACAAAUUUAGUGAGACCUUUUUACCAUGAGCCGUUCCCUUUGAGUUUUAUUUAGGACAUCCUUCUCAUAUUUCUCCGUCUGCAUCACCACCUUGCUGAUGCAUGACUGCUUUUCUCUGUAACUUAAGCUGUUUAACAUCUCACUCAACUGUUGCUGUUUUUUAACCACAUCUACAAUAGAUUCCAGGAUCUGUAGCUUCGAUCUUAGGUCAGAAUUCUGAAUAAAACAAGAAUGCAGACGUUGCCUGUGGAUAGCAGUAAUGCCCUUUUCCUUCAGGCUACCUGCAAGCUGGUCCACAGCCCUUCAUUCCCAAAUGUAGCAUGUUUUGUCCAACUUUGCCAUUUCAUCAGUUUUAGAUUUCUCUGCAGGCAUUGUCUCCAUUUCUCAGAGUGUUUAGGAAAUCCUGCAAUAUUGAGAACAUCUGGCUUUUCUUCUUGUGGUCUUUUCUGCCUGUCAACACAGAGAGGGCAUAAGCAGUCAUAACCCCUUUGGUCCUUUGGGGCUCACGUUUAGCCAUCCUGACAUACUGCUCUCUAGGGAACACAGCACAAUGAAGGCUUCCUGGCCUCACGCUAGCUGCUCCAUGUCAGCCAACUCUUACAUGAUGGUUACUGAUUAAAAAUGUUAACAAUAAAACACCAGGGAUCUAUAAUGGCAGUCACUCUUGAGUCUUCCCACUUCAAAAAUCCCUUUCCAACCCUAGAUAACCAUUAAUUUAUUCUAUGUGUAUAUUAACCUAUUUGUCAUUUCUCUUAUAAAUGGAAUAUACAAUAUGAGCUUUUUCACAACUGAACUUUUUCAGCCAGCCUGAUGUCAAGACUCAAUCUGUGUUGUUAGAUUCAUUAAUGCUUUACUUCCUUUCAUUGUUGAAUAGUAUUGAUAGUAAUAAUAAAACCAUGUUAUCUAUUCAGCAA